AUGGGCGCUAUAUACUCCCAAUACACUCAGAUCUUUCCACCGAAAUCAACGUGGAGCGUCGACAACAUUCCCGAUCUGUCCGGGAAGGUCAUGAUUGUGACUGGAGGUAACUCCGGCAUCGGAAAGGAGACGGCUCUGCUCGGGCGUAAUGCCAAGGUGUAUCUUGCAGCAAGGGACGAGUCAAAAGCAGAAGAAGCGAUUCGAGAGCUGAAGGAAGAAACAGGGCGGGAGGCCGUAUUCCUGAAGCUUGACCUGGGCGAUUUGCGGAGCGUCAAACGCGCUGCUGAAGAAUUCCUCCGCCGGGAGAAGCGACUGGACGUACUCUUCAACAACGCUGGUGUGGCCGUCCCGCCCAUGGAGCUGGUUACAGAUCAAGGCUACGAUCUACAGUUCGGGACUAAUGUGUUGGGACACUUUUACCUGACGAAACUACUCCUUCCCGUCCUUCUAUCCACGGCUGGAUCCACGCACCCGGGAAAAACCCGCGUGGUCAAUACAUCGUCUGUUGCUCACUACCAUCCAUUCGGGCCUCCGCUGGACUUCGACACAUUCAAGGACAGCCCCAAGCGCAGGAAGACGAGCAAGGUCAAGUUGUACGCACAGAGUAAAUUCGGAAACGUCGUUUUCGCAAACGAGCUGGAGAGACGGUACGGCACUCGUGGGAUUGUCUCGACCUCCCUUCACCCCGGUGUCAUAAAAACCAACAUUUCACGUAACAACAGCCCGCUCCUGAGAUCCCUCAUCAACAUGAUAUAUCCGCACGCCUCGCACGGCGCGCUCACGCAGCUAUGGGCGGGAACCUCGCAAGAGGGACUUGAACUUGGCGGAAAGUACUUGAUACCUUGGGCUCGGAUCGGUACGCCGUACGGACCGACGAACGACCCUGCGCUGGGUAGGGAUCUGUGGGUCUGGAUGGAGGAGCAAGUGCAGGAUAUUUGA